AUGCUUGGGGCCCUCACUCACGUGCACAAGUCCCCCAUGAAGGGAGCCUCUGCCGUCUACUUCAACUACGACGUCCCACGAAUACCGGGAACGCCUUUUACAGGAACGGAAAACCGACGGGGGAAAAAAAACUCUAUAGGCUCCCCAACCCCGGGCCCCUUCCCGAUGGCCGCAAACACACGGCUAGUCACAUGGAGUCAGUUAGUAGUACUUGUGUUCUUGGUGGCUGCCUUGGCAUCCGGGUAUCCAGACGUAUAUGAGCCAGUCUACUAUCCGGAGCCUCUGCCGUACUACUUCAACUACGACGUCCACGACGACUACAAGGGAACGCACUUCGACAGGAACGAGAAAUCCGACGGGAAGGCUCUAUAUGGCUCCUACACCGUCGCCCUUCCAGAUGGCCGCAAACAACACGUCGAAUAUACUGCUGAUCACUACAAGGGAUACGUAGCCAAGGUCAGCUACUACGGCAAGGCCAAGCACCCUAAAUACUAUGGCCCUGCCAUCACCUUCAAGCACAAGGGUGAUGACUAUCACUAAUUAA